AUGGACCCUUUCGCAGCGAUCAGUUUCGCCGGCAACAUCCUGCAGUUUAUCGAAUUCGCGACCAAGCUUGUACGGGAGGGCAAAGAGAUCUAUCGUUCAGCGAACGGCACAAUCCAAGACAACGUCGACUUAGAGCUGAUCACCCUCGACUUGAAAGAACUCACUAAACCGCUUACGAUUCCUCGCAAUCCAUCGGCACAUGUCUCCAACGACGACAAACGUCUCGCUGAACUGGCAGUCGCCUGUCAAAGGACGUCUGACGAACUUUUAGAUUUGUUACAAGCACUGACACUGCCCAAGGGCACUCGCCAUCUGAAGCUGAAAUCGAUUCGAGUGGCGCUGCGUACGUCCAUGAGAGAAAAGCAAGUUGACACACUUCAAAGCCGCCUGGAAUCUUUCAGGGCCAGUCUCAACGCCCACGUCUUGAACCAGCUCAGGUUAGACUCCCACAGGCGCAUAAUUACAAUUUGGGCAAUGCUGACCUCACCAAGCAACCAACAAUCAGACAUCGCGAGGACUAUUGCCGACAUCUGCCACGAGAACCGAAUUCUCCAAAUCCAGACAGCAAACGCGCUUGACACGGCAAAAUCUGAGAUCAUCAAAGAAAUUCGACAACUCCACACGGACGGGGAAAAUCAUGAUCGCUUCGUGACUGCCGUUAGGAUGGCCGAACUUGGCGAGGCGGGAAUCCGGGCGCCGAAAGAGCAAGCGAUUAUUCGAAGCCUUCAUUUCGCCACCAUCAAAGUGCGAUCUGAAGAGAUAAAACCCGCUCACGCUAGAACUUUCGAGUGGGCAUUCAACGAUGAGCGGGUCCAGCUGAAAAAAUGGCUCGAAGCCGAAGCCGGGAUCUUCUGGGUGUCAGGCAAAGCUGGCUCUGGCAAAUCCACCUUGAUGAAAUGCCUUUGCCGCUGGCAAGAAACAACGGCAGCCCUCACACGAUGGGCAGGGCCGAAGAGAAUCAUACUCGCGUCACACUUUUUCUGGAAUGCCGGUUUCCGGGAGCAAAAGUCCCAAGAAGGACUACUGCGCUCUUUACUUUUCCAGGUUUUUCAGCAGGCCCCCGAGCUGGUUCCGACCGUCUGCCCAGACCGCUGGAAUGACAUUAGUGAGAGGUCAAACGUCUGGACUCUGCGUGAGCUUUCUCGCACGUUUCAAGCACUUGCACAGCAGUCGUCACUUCCCUUCAGACUGUGCUUUUUCGUGGAUGGUUUGGACGAAUUCGAGCCGAGCGUUAAAAACGGGGACCACAAGGAUCUGCUUCAAGUCCUCAAGGAUGUUUCCGCCUCCCCGGAUGUCAAGCUCUGUCUGUCGUCACGCCCAUGGCCUUUCGUGUUGGAUGAGCUUUCUCGAAGCCAUCGAAAAGUCUUCAUGCAAGAUCUCACCAUCAACGACAUGAAAAUAUACGUACGAGGUACACUCGAAAACAACGCGGAUUUCAGGAGUCUUCAGAUGCGAGAACCAGAUUGCGUACCCCUCGUUGCGCAGAUCGCUGACAAGGCCCAAGGAGUGUUUCUAUGGGUCUAUCUUGUCGUCAGAUCUCUGGUCAAAGGACUGGAGAGCCAGGACACUUAUGCGGAACUUCAAAGACGUCUCGAUGCCUUGCCGGAAGGACUCGAAGAGCUAUUUGAGCGAUCAAUUCGAUCGGUUGAGCCCGCAUAUGAAACCCAAUCCGCAAGGAUCCUACAGUGCGCUCUCACCGCUCAUGAACCUCUUUCCAUCCUGGAUUACCACUUCUUAGAUGUCGAGAUUCAAAACUCCAACUACGCCAUGGGAAAAGUCGAGCUACUCGAGCAUCAGAGGAAUCUCUAUGAGAGAAUGAGAAGACGACUUCACGCUCGCUCGAAAGAUCUCCUAGAGGUCGGUCCCUUCCGCAUGUCUAAUUCGUGCUGUACGACCACAGUAAACUUUCUCCAUCGUACUGUCAAGGAGUUCCUCGAAGGAUCGCGCGAUGUUUCUGUCAUGCUCCACGAAAGAACGCCGGGAUUUGAGCCUCGAAUUUCGAUUUGCAGAAGCUUUCUCGCCAAAAUCAAGACACUUCCCAAAGUAGCCCAGCAUUCGGAAAUGUUUCGACUUGUGGACGACUUCCUGUACUACACACAUGAGGUAGAAGUUCACAAUCGCGUUGCGCAAGUCGACCUUCUUGACGAGCUCGACGAUCAUUUGAACAAGAGUCAAGGCCAUAGAUUUCGACCAAAAAGUCAUUGGACGAAUCAGCGCCCGGAAAGCGUACUUGGCGGGAAAUACCGCACCAACACGGACAAUUUUUUGGCGCUUGCCAUCCAAACGGGGCAGAGAUUAUACGUAAAGCGGAAACUUUCCGAGCAUCCAUCUGUUCUUAGACGCAAGAUUGGUCGGUCUUACCUGGAUUACGCGCUGGGACCUACACCGAACAGCUAUCCCGGCUUACUGGCCUCUCACAAGAGUGUGGACCCCGGCAUGGUCCGUAUACUCCUGGAGUUUGGGGCAGACCCGAACUUGCCUAAUGCGACCGCACAAGGAGUUGUCACGCCCUGGAUAACGUUUCUGGAAUACUGCCACAGCAUAAAGGAAGGUUUCGAAAGGAAACGCGAUCUUGGAUGGCUGAACGCUGAAACACUUGAGACGCUUAUCGAGUUGAUCAAGCAUGGAGCAGAUCCAAAUGUGAGGUUCGGAACUCGCAUCAAUAACAGUCUCACAAUGCACCGCCUACCUGCCGCAGAUGUGUUCAAAGAAUCACUGCCGAAGGACCAGUUUCACCAAUUAUUCGGCAUGACAGAGGAGCUUGAGGCUCCUACUCCGCCUCAGGCUCCUAUUCCACGUCCACCUUCACCUCCGCCUUCACCUUCACCUCCACCUCCACGUCCACCUUCACCUCCGCCUUCACCUUCACCUCCGCCUUCACCUUCACCUCCGCCUUCACUUUCAACUCCGCCUUCACCUUCACCUCCGCCUUCACUUUCAACUCCGUCUUCACUUUCAUUUCCGUCUUCACUUUCAUUUCCGCCUUCACCUUCACCUCCGCCUUCACCUUCACCUCCGCCUUCAUCUCUCCGACGGAGGCUAGCUCUGAAAAUUUCGAAGCUUCGAAAUUCGUUAUACUUGCGCAUGAGGAUCUGA